AUGAUCACGUGGGUGAUGGUCGGGCUGCUCCUGGCUGCGGAAACUUGCGGCAGAAACGUCCUCUCCGGUAACGGAAACGGGAAGGAGGAGACGAAGCAGAAGGACGGCCUGAAAGGAGUCACCACGGACGAGGAGGACAUCUACCGUCUAACGUGCUACACUUGCGUCAACGUCAGCGAUAACCAGAUGUGCAACGAAUGGGCGAUAGACACACCGUGUCCGGCCGGUGGCCGAGACUUCUGCAGAUCGCUGCACAUUUUGGACAGCAAAGGAAACAGCGUCUUGGUGAGCAAGAGCUGCGCGAGCAGCGAAGAAUGCGGCCCGGCGUCGGUCGGUUGCAUCCCGGUGGACACGCAGCAGAUCUGCAUCAGCUGUUGCGAUCUGAGCUACUGCAACAUCGACUCGCCGACCAACGCCACCAACGCCAUUUUCUCGCGCAAACGGCGCGCCAAGUCGAAGCCGAAGCGCAAACGACCCGGCAGAAACGGGGUCGAGGGCAGCCGAUCCUACGGGACUGGCACUCUAUGGCUCCUGGCCUCACUCUUCUAUGCAUAUCACUGCUGAGGGAGCAGCAACGCGGAAGAACCGGUUAGAAAACACCAGCCGUAGAACCUCGUCGAACGAUCCUCCGACAGUGUCUCGGGAGGCCCUUGGAUUCGCCAGCCAAAAACUGUCGUCGAAACCUGAAAACGAAGCGACUGAUCAACCUCUCGACUUACCCCUAUUCCUAAUGUUCUCCUUUAAUCGCUGCGAGUGCACACCCAUCGCAUCUCAUCGGUCACGAUCCAUGCCGGGGCACGCUCGUCACUCGAACAUAUCUUCUUUUCCGCAAGGCUCUAACUGUUGAGGUGUACUGGAACAUAUGACGUAUUUCGAAACCUCGAUUUAUUCGA